UCACGAGUGAAACUGAAAUGAUCGAACAGUGAAUUAUUUGUAAUGGCGUCGAAAAGGCUCGUUAUCGCUUGGGCGGUCUGGCUCGCGUUGCCCCUGGCAACGGGCCAUCUCAACGUGCUCAUCAGCCAGGCUGAAGUUAUGAAAUUGUUAGGAUUAGACGCAGAACUGUACUACGUGAGGGAGGGUGUGGUUAAUACCUACGCGACAGGCUUCAUAGUGCCAGUUCCGGCGCACAUUGCAGAUUUAGAAUUUAUGUGGCAGGCGCUCGGGAAGAGACCGUUGCCGUACGUGAUGGGUAUAGACUACGAGAGCAGAGGCGCCAUGCUGCCGCCGCAAGUCAAUAUAUCCGAGCGAGGCUACGUGCCUACCACGCUGCAGACGUUUAGGGUUCGGCUUCCGUGUACGGGUUCGAGGAGUGCGGAGAUCUUAGUUACGAUGCAGCUGAAUAUCUCAUCACCAGACCGCGCUCAUAAAGACGUCAGACUGAUUUUCAAGAGGAAUAAGAUUUGCUUGAAGGGCUUAUCAACAAUCGUAACGCACAAUGAAACGGCGAGACUAGCUGGCGAUACCAAUCGAGGUUCUGGCGGAGUGCUGUUCGCAGCUGGUGGCUGUGCAGCAGCUGCAUUAGCGCUGCUCGCAGGUGCGGCAGCUGCAGGCACAUUGUACAAACGCGGAAACAAAGCUAGACAUCAUGAUUCUAUACACUCCACGUCAUACACAACUGCAGCGUACGGCAGCCACCAGAACGUGUUGUUACGCUUGGACAACCUUGGACGUCCUCCCAGCUCUACUGGUUCAUAUGCGACUAUAGCAAGCCUACAUAAAUUUCCUUUCGGCAGUCGUCGUUCUCCAUCCCCCUAUGCGACAACACACAUCGGUGAGCACAUUUACGCUAAGCCAGAAUCGCGAGUUUCCUACUACGCCGCGUCGAACCUCACACACGUGUCUCAGCAAACUAUCACAAAAGAUCGUAUAACCGACCCUGCAGAACAGCUUCGUCACUUAACAACGCAGCGGUCUAAUAUACGGCUUGAAAUCCUAGUCCACGAGGGUACUUUUGGAAGGAUAUAUAAGGGCGUGUUCAAACGAGGGGAUACAUAUGAGGAAGUACUCGUAAAGACUGUUUCAGAAGCAGCGUCAGCAAUGCAAGCGGCACUGCUAGUUGCUGAAGGUCUAAGGCUUUGCGGACUUGUUCAUGGAAAUGUACUAGCUCCGAUGGCGGCUUGUGCUGAAGAGGCCAGAAAACCGAUGCUAGUGUAUUGUUGUGUGUCACAUUCUUCCAAUCUUAAGCGGUUCCUAACAUCAUGUCGGCUUGGGCAUCAAGCGGCUCCAGCGACUAGAGAACUAGUAGAUUUAGGUGCUCAAGCGGCUUGCGGUUUGGCGUAUUUGCACGUUCAACGACUUGUACAUUCUGAUAUAGCUGCUAGGAACUGCAUAGUGGACGAGAAGUUAAGACUGAAGGUGACGGACAAUGGUCUGGCACGCGAUCUUUUCCCUGAUGACUAUCACUGUUUAGGAGAUAAUGAAAACAGACCGGUAAAGUGGAUGGCACCUGAGUCAUUACUGCAAAAUCAGUAUUCGACAGCGUCCGAUGUGUGGUCGUUAGGAAUAACGCUUUGGGAGCUGGCGACACUCGGUGCGUCUCCAUUAGCAGAAUUAGAUGCAGCGGAUGUCGGAGCCUUCCUCAAUGGAGGUUAUAGACCUUCACAGCCACAUAAUUGUCCUGAUGAGUUAUAUGGCUUAAUGUCCUGGUGCUGGACAACCUCGCCACCAGCUCGGCCAACUGCUCCGCAACUUUUAGCUGCACUUCAUGAUUUCAGACAAGCACUAAGUACUUAUAUUUAAGUCUAUUAUCUACUAAUAUGCU